UCCUCAGAGUUUGUCACACCUGUUAAAUCUUGUUUACAUCAAAUAUUUUAACCUCGAAAUGUACAAAUAUAAUAAGUGGUUACAUGAUUUAUUGCUUGCUUCUUGAAAUGGAAUUGUUUUAUUUUAAAUACAGCGAUGAUGAUGCUGAUCAUAAUAGAAUCAUCCACUGCCUUUUGUCAUGUUGUAUUUUCAAAUAAUCGGUAGUCCUGUGAGAGCGAUUUUAAGCAAUGCACAAAUACGUAUAAAAAAAUUUUGUAAAUAAUAAAAAUGGCAUUUUCAUUUCGCGUUGGCACCAAAUGGUGCCAUGAUUUUCCAAAGUUGGCCAGGGAAUCUGGAUUCUAUUUUAAAAUGCACAAAUCCAGAAUUAGAGUAGACUGGAAUCGUAUAAGUAACAUAGACAUAGAUCGCAUUAUAAGAGACAGAGAUUUUUAUGUGAUUGAUGAUAAUAUAAACAGUGUAAUAGAUUAUUCCUUAGAAAGUGAAUACGACGUUAAGAUUUUGGAUCCUAGUUUUGUAAAACUCUUCCAGCUUGCACAAUUAGCUGUUGAAUAUUUAUUGUAUUGCAAAGAAUAUUUAGAUCACAGUGUAGUAAUAUUGAAAGAUGAACUGAGAUCAAAGAUAGAAGAGAAUGUAAAAUUAAAGAAAGAAGUUGAAACUUUAGAGGAAGUGAUAAAGCACUUGAAAGAAAAGGCAAAGGAUAGGUGUAAGUUAAUAGAAACUAAGCUUGGAGAUAGUAGUGGUGAAAUUUUUAAGUGCCCACACUGCCCAAAAGCAUUCAUAUCUUCAAUGUUUUUAAGUGGUCACAUCUUAAAAAGACAUGCAUAUAUGUCUGACAUGUGCAUGACUUCAUCUCCUAUACAUGAUCAUUAUCGUAGUGAAACAGAAAAAUUACACAAUGAGAUCAAAAACUUAAAAGAAAGACUGAAUGAGACAGAGAAGGUAAUAAGAAACGAAUCUGAAAAGGUUUCCGAGAAGAAAAAAGUUAUAGACUAUGAUAGAAGACUAUCUGAAAGUGGAGUUGAAAAUAUUAAAUAUGAUAAUAAACCUGAAGAAAAUCAAGGGUAUAAGGAAUACCAAGAAGAAAUAAGAAGUUUGAAAACUAUGUUCUUUGAUGAAAUACAUAACUUAAGACAGAAAGAGAAGAUACUUUCUGAGAAAACAACAGAAACAAAUGUUCGUACACUGAUGAAUCAGCAAGAAAAAGAAUUUCAAAAACUACGAAAUCAGUUGUUUGAAAGAUUAACUCCAGAUAUAGAAAGUGUGCAAACAAAAUUACAGGCACAGGAAAAUUAUUGGAAAUCCAAGAUUGAACAGCUAGAAACUCAACAUCAUAAAGAUGUUGAGAGACUCACAAUGGAAUUAAAACAGACACAGAAAACAGCUGAUAAUAUAAGAACUGAGUAUGAGUCUAAAGUCAACGAUUUAGAACGUCAAACUGCGAAUCAAUCGAAUAUGUUAACUGAACAAAGCAAACAAAUACAUUCUUUGUCGAAUGAACUAAGUAUUUCGCAAUUCAAUGAAAAAAAUAGAUAUUCUGAAGAGUUAUCAGGUGGAUAUGAUCAAUCUACAAUGUCCAAUCAAUUCAGAAUAAAUGUAAAAGAAUCAGAAAAACGUGAUUUCAAACAGGCAGAUCGUGUAGAUAUGGAAACAGAGCAAAUAAUUGUAGAAGACUUUGAAGAUACAUUAAGUCCACAGUUGCAAAGAAAAGUAAUUCCAGUAAUACCACAAAAUAAAUUUCUAAAAACUGUUCAGCCAGUGCCAUCUGAAAACAAAGAGAUUACAUAUGAAGACAAAACAGGUGUUAAACAAAAAAAUACAAAAUUAAUGAAAUACGAAAAAGUAGAUGAUAAGAAGAUCGCGGGUAAAGAUUUAAAAGGUUCUACUUCAAGCGAUGAAUCGCUGUCUGAAGACUCUGAAUCAGAAAAAGUAAUUAAUAAUGACAUAAAGCACAAAAACCAAAACAAAAAAGAUCAGUUUAUUAUAAAAUCCGAGUUGAAUGAUUCUGGAACGAAAAAAUUGGAAGAUAUGUUUGACAGAAGUAUAUGUAAUAGAUUUUUAUCUAGCACAAAAAAUAGUAAACAAUCAGAAAUGCCAAAAGAAGAUCUAAGUUCUGAAAUGGAUUCAGAGUUAGUCACUUCUGAUUCAACAACACAAUCUGAAACAGAAAGUAUUACUGUGGUUAACAAUAAAUCUCCAGUAAAUAAUCGUAGAUCAAGUCCUCUUCAUUCGAAAGCUAAAAAGACAAUGCAACAUAAUGUGUCCCUCACAAAAUUGAGGGCAAAUUUACUAGAUACAUUUGAACAAAAGUUAAGAGAUGUAGGAAUAGAUCCGGAAUGGCAAGGAAUACCAAAGGCUACAUUUAAACAAAAAAUGGAUAUUUUGAAACAUCAUCAAAAGAUUGCAACGAAAAGAAUACCAAAAUAUCAUGAAAUUAAAUCGAAAGCAAUUGAGAAAAUUCUCAAGGAAAUCUCUAAGGAAGGAAAAAGCACAGAACAUUUUAAACAUUCGAAAAAAGCGAUUUUAGCUAAAUUCGAACGUAACGCUAAAUCAACACCAAUAAAGGCAUUAAAGGAUAAGAAAAAUUCUGAAUCUCCUGUUUCUACUUUACAAACACAGGAUAUUCCAAAAUCAUAUUCUUCUCUAGAAAGUGAUGAGUCUAUUAGAAAUGAAAGUGAAAAUGAAUUAUUGUCUAUAAAAUCUUCAAAGAUUUCAAGUUACGAAAACAUGGAACAGCCAGUAAAAGUAUCUUCAAGUUUUAUAAAAUCAGAAGACAAUACUCUGCAACUACAAGAUUGUUUGAGUAGAAGAAGAGCUCUGUUUGAGUCUGAACAGAAUCAAAGAAGAGACAGUAAAAAUAUGUUAGACGUCAGUUCCAUUCAAAAUGAAGAUAUCGAUAAUUCGAAUAUGCACCUAGAGUCACAAAACAUUUCUAUAUCUCCAAAACAUAGUAAAAGUGUUUUGAAAUCUGCAAACGGAUCAUCAAAUAGUUUAAUAAAAAAGAAAGUUAAUUUCGAUUUGGCAGAUGAAAUAGACUCAAAACCUUCGCUAAAUUAUGGUAAUAAAAAAGACCAGGUAAAUGAGAGAAGCUGGGAUAUCUUAAGUGUUUUUGAUGAUCAAAGACACUUAUCAGACAGAGAAAGCUCCAAGAACACAAGUAAUAUAGUGCUGAAAACGACCCAAAGUGAUAAAAUUGCUAAAAUAUCAAGAAAACUUGAAGAACAGUUAAGCUUGGUAAGACAAAAGCCUGUCGGAUCAGUCGAAACAAUAUUUUCUUCAAAAUAUAUGCAAGAUAAACAAAAUCAAGAUAAUGAUACUCAACAAAUGAGUAUUUCUUCAAGUAUAAGUUCAUUUGUAGACAGUUCAAUUAAAGUGUCAACAUCUGGUUCUAAAUUAAAUGAUUUAAUACCGCGACCAGCUCCACGUAAUUUAAAAGAAAAAUCAUCUAACACAUUAUAUGUGGAAUCAAUAACAGACAUUUCAGAUUUAGAUGCUCAAAUUAACGACAUCUUAAAAUUAGAAUAAACAUUGGUAAAUCAAUGUUCUUCAAUCCAAAGAGUUCAUGAAGAAUCAGUACGAAAUAGUGCCUUGAUAAUAAUUACAAUAAUGUUGAUCAUUUUAUUUAAUUACUCUAGUCUUUGCUACCAAAGAGACAAUUAUUGUGUCAAUGAUUAUUAUAUUUAUUCUAACAAACACUUUUGUACAGGAAAUAAAUGAAAUAAUACAUUUAA